UGGGGUAGCUCUUGUGUGCCCCUCCAGGUGACGUCUGUGGUGUGAUCUCGGUGCCCUGUUCAGCAGUUUGCCCUACCAUUUAUCAAAUCCGACGAGAGCGUAUAUCUGGAAACAUCGAACCUAGUGAGCUAUCAAGCCAUCAAGGUCCACGUCCCCCUACAAAUCAAUUUGAUUCAUAGUCUCCUGCAAGUCAACAUGGCCGCCUGUGUCUUCUGCAAGAUUGUUAAGGGAGAAAUCCCCUCCUUAAAGCUCUUCGAGAGCGAGAAGACCUUUGCUUUCCUUGACAUUAGUCCUCUGAGCAGAGGCCAUGCUCUCGUCAUCCCCAAGUUCCACGGCGCUAAGCUGACCGAUAUUCCCGACGACCAGCUGAGCGAGAUCCUGCCCGUGGCCAAGAAGCUUGUCACCGCCACCGGUGCUACCGACUACAACAUCCUGCAGAACAACGGCCGCAUCGCCCACCAGGUCGUUGAUCAUGUCCACUUCCACAUGAUCCCCAAGCCAAACGACGAGCAAGGACUCGGAAUACGCUGGCCCCAGCAACCUACCGACAUGGAUGCGCUGAAGAUCUUGCACGAAGAGAUCAAGGCGAAGAUGUGAAAGGUGUUUUUGAGAUGUCUCUCUGAAAUAGUCACAUCACAUCUGUUCAUGUUAGGUAAUUAUGGUUAAAAGACUUCUCGUCUAGUCGAUAGAUUUUCGACUAGGAGAAUUCACAAGAGGCA